GGAUUUGCUUACGCAAACCGACAAAAUCCUGAAUUGAUAACUAAUGAGACAUGGCCUGAUCUAAUAGGAGCUAUAAAAACAAAUACAGUAAUUCAAUAUGAUACAGAUUUUAAAGAAAUAAAAGCAUGGGGAUUACCUGCAUUAGCACCACGUCCUAGAAAACGUCAAAAAAAUUUAAAUUGUAAACCUGUGGAACGUUUCAAAUUACAUUUGGGGGAUUUACCAGAGUCUGAGAUGCCUCCAUUACCUAAAGAAUUAAAUUAUAAAAAAGCCAUUACCGAUUAUCUAACUGAAAUGGAAACAAUCAAUACUCGAUGGCCAAAUGUUGAUUUCUUUAAUAAUGUUUUAAUUGUUUUUACCGUUCCUGCUGAAUAUUCGGAAAAAUCAAAAGGGAUAUUAAGGCAAUGCAUUUAUAAUGCAGGAUUAAUUGGCAGUUCAACCUCAGAAAAAUUACAAUUCUCUACUGAACCCGAAGCAGCUGCCAUACAUUGUAUGCGAGUAUUGGAUGAACAUUUCCUUACAGAUAAUGAAACAUCUUUUUUAAUUGUUGAUUGUGGAGGUGGUACUGUAGAUCUUACAACAAGAAAAUUAUUACCAAACAGAAGAUUAGGAGAAGUUACUGAACGUACUGGUGAUUUUUGUGGUAGUACAUACGUUGAUGAUGAAUUUAUUAAAUUUAUAAAACAAAAAGUUGGUGAACCAGCAAUGAAAUUAUUAGAAGAACAACAAUAUGGUCAAUUACAAUAUAUGGUACAAGAAUUUUGUAGACGUGUUAAAAUGCCAUUUACUGGUAAUCAAAAAGAUUUUCAACUUUUUGAACUUGAUAUAGAAGAAGUAUGUCCUAUAUUAAAACAAUACGUAAAUGGUUUAGCAAGGCAAAGAUUAGAGAAAGAUGAAUGGAUAAUUGAAUUAACAUUUGAUGAUGUUAAAUCUAUGUUUGAUCCUGUCGUUCAAAGAAUUAUUCGUUUAAUUUCUGGACAACUUAGUGCUAGUGGUAAUAUUGCUGUAAUGUUCUUGGUUGGUGGAUUUAGUGAAUCAAAAUAUCUUCAAACUUCGAUCAAACAUACAUUCAACUUUAUUAAAAAUAUUGCUGUACCUAAACAACCUCAAGCAGCUAUAGUACGUGGUGCUUUAGAGUAUGGAUUAAAAAUGGAUAUAAUAAAAACUCGCGUUCUAAAAUUUACUUAUGGAAUAGAAACACAGAAUAUAUUUAAUCAAGCUGUAGAUCCGGAACAUCUAAAAAUUGAUGGAAAUUAUAUCUUUAAAUUUCAUCGAUUAGUAGAAAGAGGUCGAGAAGUUGGGGUUGAUGAAACAUUUGGUGAUGUAUUUAGACCAUUAGAACAUACGACAUGUUUAAGAUUUUCUUUAUAUACUUCAGUUAAUUUAAAUGAAACUUAUUGUGAAGGAUUAACUAAAUUAGGUGAUCUUAUAGUUGAUAUGCCAGAUACUCAAUAUGGAAAAGAAAGACCAGUAGAUUUUAGAUUAAAAUUUGGACAAAUGGAAAUUACUGCUACAGCUAAAAAUCAAUUAACUGGUCAACAAUAUGAAGCUGUUUUUAAAUUAGAGUUUUAA